AUGAUCAUCACAAUACGAAACCUAACUACAGACAUUAUAGUUGCACAAGCGUCCUCAUCACCUUCGAAAUUCAAUGUUAAUCGACGGACAAAACAUCAUGGCAAUGGAUCAACUGAGAAGUCAUCGUUUCCUACAGAAAUUACUCUCCAUACUUCCGUGGAUGUAGUCAUGGAACUACCCAAAGGUUUCCAACAUGAACUUAAUCUUCAACACAUUCCGGAUACUGUUCAAGAUCUCAGUUCCUCUACUAUGACGGAGACACAAGGAUUGUUAGGCCGUAACAAAUGGCACAUUCACCCUGAGGGUUUCAAAGUCCGAUUCUCUAUGAUGCUUGGUUCAUUUCUUUCCGAGAUGCCUGACCGACUGCCCUUGUCUUCGCUUGCCCUUCCAGGUACUCACGAUACGAUGGCGUUCCAUGGUUGGCCUAUCUCCCAAUGUCAGUCGCCAGCCAGCCCAUUAAGCACUCAACUUCUUGGAGGUAUUCGCGUUCUUGAUAUCCGUCUCGCUGUGAUUCCACCUCCAACACCUAUUCUCAAGCCCGAUAUUAAAUAUGAAUUAAUUGCCUAUCAUGGAUUGUGGCCUCAAAAAACGCCAUUCACUAUUAUCUUGAAAGAUAUUCAUGCUUUUCUGAACUCACCGAUAGGGAUGAAGGAAACCAUUGUAAUGUCCAUUAAGCAAGAGGACUUCGUUGUGACGCCUGCACGAAUUUUUUCGAAACUCGUUAGAGAGACUAUAGUUCAUGGUGCCGGGGGCUGGGGUGACUCUGAAUCAACUGGGCAUGGUGUAAACAAAGGGAUGUGGUUCCUGGAAAACCGCAUACCAAGACUGGGGGAAGUGAGAGGGAAAGUAGUUAUGCUGAGUCGCUUCGGAGGCGAUGGACACGGCUGGGAGGGUGGUCUAGAGGGCCUUGGAAUACAUCCUACAACUUGGCCUGAUAGCGAAAAGAAAGGAUUUCAGUGGGAGCUGAAAGGUACUCUUGUCCGAACUCACGAUUGGUAUGGCAUCCCGUCAUUUCUCUCCAUUCCCGAGAAAGUGAAGUUGGGUACAGAAAAUUUAAUUCCUCCGCCGGAUCUCAAGAAACCACUGCUACCGAUAACCUAUUUCUCUGCAGCGUCUUUUCCUCUCGCAUUUCCACCUACAGUAGCUAAAGGUUUUGGGUGGCCAAAAUGGGGCCUUGGGGUGGAAGGAGUAAACAGCAAACUAGGAGCUUGGCUGCUCGAUCAACUGGGCGGAGAUGCUGGCGCCGCCUAUCCGAAAGCCACUAAUAAAGACAUUCUUUUGGAGAAACGACCUCAGGGAGAACAGCAAGCAGAGCCAAGAAUACGUGGUUGGACUUUCUUGGACUAUUACUCGGAACCUGAAGGAGGCGACCUUGUCCCAUUGCUGAUCGAAUGCAAUUUUAGAGGGCGGAAGGAAGGAGAAGAGGGAUGUCAGGAUCCCAAUCUGUGA